CUUUGAGGCUGCUGGCCCUUUAAGAGAGGAAGAGGAUGAGCCCACACCCUCCUCCUCCUCCUCCUCUUCCAGCACAUUGUUCUGCAGCUCCCGGUGAACAGCGGCUUCCCUCCGUCUGCUGCUGCUACCGGCUACGGGGACAGACAGGGGGACAGACAGGGGGACAGACAGGUGUUUGUGACGUGUCUGUCUGUGUGUGUUGAACAGAGCAGUAGCGGGGACUGAUGGAUCAACCGGCGGAGACAUAACCGGAGACAAAGACACAGGAAGACACGGAGACAGACUGAGGGACAGACAGGUGGACAGACAGGCGGACAGAGAGACACAGACAGGUAGACAGACAGGCGCUAUGUGCGGAGGCACGCGCUGCUGGAGCGACAGGCACGAGCUCAGCCCAGCGCUGAGGUGAGGCAGCUUGUGAUUGGUGGUUGCCAUGGCGCCCAGGCCGUCAUCUGGGGAGCUGUGGGGGCUCCACCUGAUGCCCCCUCGCAUCCUGGUGGACUGCUGCCUGCCCAAUGGUACGCCUUUGUUCUGUUCUAUGUUGUGUUUGGUUCUAUGUUCUGUUUCUGUUGUGGAUGAUGGGAUGAUGGUCAGUCUGUUGUGUUUGGUUCUAUGUUCUGAUGUCAUAUGUGAUAUCCUGAAGGUUAUCGAGCCGCUGGGCAACCGAGAGGAGAAGAUCCUGAACCGAGAGAUAGGGUUUGCCAUUGGGAUGCCGGUCUGUGAGUUCGAGAUGAUGAAGGACCCCGAGGUUCAGGACUUCCGCCGCUCCAUACUGAGCGUGUGCAGAGAGGCCAUGGAGGAGAGAGAGGGGGGAGGGGCCCACAGCCAGGCGCUCUACGUGUACCCGCCCAAUGUGGAGUCCAGCCCCCAGCUCCCCCCCCACAUCUAUAGCAAGCUGGACAAAGGGAGGUUGAUCGUGACCAUCUGGGUUAUCGUGUCUCCGUCCAACUCCAAACAGAAAUACACCCUGAAGGUGAGUCAUGACAGUUUACCUGAGCAGCUCAUAGCAGAGUCCAUCAGGAAGAAGAGCCGAUCCAUGCACCUGUCACCUCAGCAACUCCGCCUCUGUGUCCAAGAGUACCAGGGACAGUACAUCCUCAAGGUGUGUGGCUGUGACGAGUACCUGUUGGAGAAGUAUCCUCUCAGUCAGUACAAGUACAUCCGCUCCUGUAUUAUUGUGGGUCGUCUCCCUCACCUGAUGCUGGUUUCUAAGGACAGUCUCUACUCUCAGCUUCCUGCCUCUGGCUUUGUCACGCCUUCGUACAGUCGGAGGACUCCUCAGCCAUCUCCCUGUCCAGGAGGAGGUGAUGGUUCUCCUCCCCGCUCCCUGUGGGCCUUCAACACUCUGUUGAGGGUCCGCCUGCUCUGUGCCACCUACGUCAACGUCAACAUCAGAGACAUCGACAAGAUCUAUGUGAGAACAGGUAUCUAUCACGGUGGAGAGCCGCUCUGUGACAACGUCAACACUCAGAGAGUCCCCUGCUCCAACCCCAGGUGGAACGAGUGGUUGGCGUAUGACAUCUACCUGACUGAGCUCCCUCGCUCAGCCAGACUCUGUCUGUCUAUCUGCUCUGUGAAGGGAAGGAAAGGAGCCAAGGAGGAGCACUGUCCUCUGGCCUGGGGGAACGUCAACCUCUUUGACUACACAGACGUUCUGGUUUCUGGUAAAGUGGCUCUCAGUCUUUGGCCAGUCCCUCACGGGCUCGAGGACCUCCUGAAUCCUAUCGGAGUUGCUGGUUCAAAUCCGAACAAGGAGACGCCUUGUGUGGAGCUGGAGUUCUCCUGGUUCAAUCAGACUGUUGUGUUUCCAGAUGAGCAGCAGAUAGAAGAACACGCCAACUGGACCAUCAGCCGAGAGCUGGGCUACAACUACUGCCAAGGACUGAGCAGUCGUCUGGCCUGUGACAGCAGUGUAUCAGCAGGUGAUGCAGAACAGCUUCGUUGUCUCUGCUCCAAAGAUCCUCUGUACGAGCUCUCAGAGCAGGAGAAGGACUUCCUCUGGAGACACAGACAUUACUGUGUAAACAUCCCUGAGUCUCUUCCUAAGCUGCUUCUGUCCGUCAAAUGGAACUCAAGAGACGAAGUGUCCCAGAUGUACUGCCUGUUGAAGGAGUGGCCUCUGAUGGAGCCUGAAUCAGCUCUGGAGUUGUUGGACUGUAACUUUCCUGAUCCGAUGGUCAGAGAAUUCGCUCUGCGCUGCCUGGUUCAGAAUCUGACCGACGACAAGCUGUCACAGUACCUGCUGCAGCUGGUACAGGUGUUGAAGUAUGAGAUGUACCUGGACAAUCCACUGGCACGUUUCCUGAUCAAGAAGGCUCUGACCAAUCAGAGGAUAGGACACUUCUUCUUCUGGCAUCUCAAGUCAGAGAUGCACAACAAGACCGUGUCCCGCCGCUUCGGCCUGCUGCUGGAGGCUUUCUGCAGAGCCUGUGGCAUGUACCUGAAACACCUGAACAGACAGGUGGAGGCCAUGGACAAACUGGUGAAUCUGACCGACACACUGAAACAAGAGAAGAAGGAUGAAACACAGAAAACUCAGAUGAAGUUCCUGGUUGAACACAUGUCUCGUCCUGAUUACAUGGAGGCUCUUCAAGGAUUCGUCUCUCCGCUGAACCCUGUUCAUCAGCUGGGAAACCUCAGGCUGGAGGAGUGUCGCAUCAUGUCGUCGGCAAAGCGCCCCCUGUGGCUGAACUGGGAGAAUCCCGACAUCAUGUCCGAGCUGCUCUUCACCAACAACGAGAUCAUCUUUAAGAAUGGAGACGACCUGCGUCAGGACAUGUUGACACUGCAGAUCAUCAAGAUUAUGGAGAACAUCUGGCAGAACCAGGGCCUGGACCUGCGCAUGCUGCCUUAUGGCUGCCUGUCCAUCGGGGACUGUGUGGGUCUGAUCGAGGUGGUGAAGAACAGUUUCACCAUCAUGCAGAUUCAGUGUAAAGGGGGCCUGAAGGGGGCGCUGCAGUUCAACUCCAACACCCUGCACCACUGGAUCAAAGACAAGAACCGCGGAGAGGGGUACGACCGGGCCAUCGACCUCUUCACCAGGUCGUGUGCAGGUUAUUGUGUGGCGACAUUCAUCCUGGGAAUCGGAGAUAGACACAACUCCAACAUCAUGGUGAAGGAGAACGGACAGCUGUUCCACAUCGACUUCGGCCACUUCCUGGACCACAAGAAGAAGAAGUUUGGGUACAAGAGGGAGCGAGUGCCGUUCGUUCUCACUCAGGACUUCCUCAUCGUAAUCAGUAAAGGAGUCCAGGAGUCCACCAAGACCAAAGAGUUCGAGAGGUUCCAGGAGAUGUGUUAUAAAGCCUACCUGGCCAUCCGGCAGCACGCCAGCCUCUUCAUCAACCUCUUCUCCCUCCUGCUGGGCUGCGGCAUGCCCGAACUGCAGAGCUUUGAUGACAUCGCCUACCUGAGGAAGACCCUGGCACUGGAGAAAAGCCAGCAGGAGGCGUUGGAGUAUUUCACCAAACAGAUGAACGACGCUCAUCAUGGAGGCUGGAGCACCAAGAUGGACUGGAUCUUCCACACCAUCAGACACAUGCCCAACGAACACUGAUAUGUAUAUAUAUAUAUCUAUCUAUAUAUAUAUAUAUAUAUAUAUAUAUAUAUAUAUAUAUAUAUAUAUAUAUACAUAUAUAUAUACAUAUAUAUAUAUAUACAUGUAUGUAUACACUCAUUUAUACAUAACACACAUAUUUAUAUAACACACACCAUCAGACACAUGUCCAGCGAACACUCAUAUAUAUACACUUAUUUAUAUAUAAUGCAUAUAUUUAUAUAACACACACACACACACACACACACCAUCAGACACAUCCAACAGACUCUGAUAUAUGUAGACACCCAAACUGUAUAUAAACUGUAACACACACACACACACACACACACACACACACACUGUGUCUUUACUGCACUACUGUGAGGAUGAGGAUGAUGGGGCAGAUGAAGGUGUUUGAUUGUUGUAGUUUAAGUAUCAUGACAUCAUGUCGGUUGGAUGGUUGUCAUAGCAACAUGAAUCUCAGGGUCACAGGUCAGAGAGGUGGCUGAGGAUGCCAAAGGCAUGCUGGGAAAACAUGAUGAUGAUGAUGAUGACGAUGAUAAUGAUGUCGUAAACGUCUUCCAGUCGGUGCUACAGUCAGCCUGUUAGCUCUGUUAGCUGCUCUGAACACAGAAAAAAAAAAACUUUAUUAGCAUAGCAUUGAUUUGAAUCAAACUUUAUUAAGACGCAGCUAAUUUGAAUGAAGCCAGCUUUAUUGAAACCAGCAAAGUGAACACUGAGGUCACUGUGAGAGCAAUAAAACCUCCAAUCACCAAUCAAUGCUUUGAUUAUGACAAUCAGGAGUUCGGACCAAUAGGAAGGCAGAGCUGAGCAGCUGUGGGUGGAGUCAUGGUGCUGAGACAAGACCAAACUAACCAGUCAGGUUUCUGUUGGAGUGUAAAAGCACACGUGUGAACACAGCGAGUUUUUAUCAGGGUCAUGUUCCAUCAUUAAACGAUACGUUAAAACCAACAUGAUGACGUCACAUUAGCCCGUUGUCAAAGUUUCUCUCUGAAAUGUUACGAACUUUAUUGCUCUUUAAAAAUUCAGACUUUCUUCAAAUGUAAUGACUUUUCUUAUGGAAAUAUUGAAAUUUGAUUUUUCAAAUUUUAUUACUAAAAAUAUUAAAACUUUAUUUUAAGAUAUUACAACUUUUGUAUCCUAAAAAUAUUUUGAUUUUCAGAUUUGUUCUUGAAAUCUUUAGAUUUUUUCUUGUGACAUUUCCGUCAGUUUUCGUUGUUAAAUUCCUGCAUGAUAUUUGAAAUUUUACAAGUUUUACCUGUAAAUUUUUUUAUGUGAUGUUGUGAAAUUCUCAGGCAUUGUUUGCAGUUAGCAGCUAAUUCAGAUUAGAAGAACAGCAGCAGUUAGCAGUUAGCAGCUAAAUCAGAGAAGAAGAACAGUAGCUUUUAGCAGUUAGUGACUAACUCAAAGAAGAAUAACAAAAGGUGUUAGCAGUUAGCAGCUAACUCAGAGAAGAAGAACAGCAGCUGUUAGUUACACUUUAUCAUCUCUUCGCUCGGAGUAAUAAAACUCAUGUUGCUGAUAUUUCCUCUGCAGAAUGCAGCUAGCUGAUAAUUGUAAUAAGAGGCCCCGCCCACAGCUGCUGACAAACGGCAUUCCGACGUUAGCUCCAGAGAUCUGAAUAUUUUUUAAUAUCAAAGUUUUGAGCUCUGAACUGAUUUUUACUGAAUAACAUAUCAAGUUUUAUCAGGGAUCAAACGACAAUCUGAAUCAAUCAGCUGCUCAUUAGCCAUUAGCUUGAUCAGGUGCACUGUGUCUAAUGAACCAUGCUAGGCUAGAUGUUAGUGAGUUAGCCUGUUAGCUGAGCUGUUGCACUCUAACCCAUAGUUAGUUAUUAGUUAGCUGAGCUGUUGCACUCUAACCCAUAGUUAGUUAUUAGUUAGCUGAGCUGUUGCACUGGAACAAUGAAUUGUGGGUAGUUUAGUUAGCGUGCGUAGCAUCAGUGGAAGCCCUGCCUCUCCUGUUUCGGUGGCUGACAGCUACCAGGGGACGGGGCCCCACUCAAACGGGUUAAAGGGCCAUGACUCCCAUUUUUAAUGUGAAGGUAUGUGUUUGUUUCUGCUCAGGUCAGAGGUCAGGCUAAGCCCUGCCCACACAUGACUAUGCCAGUUACCAUAGUGACUGAAUAUGUGGAUCUGAGCAGACGUGAUAUGUUUUUUUUUUCAUGUGAUUGAUUGAUUGAUUGAUUGAUUGACUGAUGUAGGCUAUUGAACAGUGAUGACGGCUGAUGUUUUUCUUUAUGUUGAGUAUUGUUCUGUGAUAACUGUUGAUCCUGUCUGAUUCUCCAUCAUCUCCAGGAAAACCUUAUAUGAAAUUAAAUAUAAAAGACAAUGGUUGGAAGACGCUACAAAGCUGAUGCCCACAUACUGCAGGGUCGGCCAAUCAGAGGGCUCAUACAGCCUCCAUGCCCAGAUUUGUUUUUAAACUGAACUUUACAACAGGUCACCUGGGGGGGCGGAGCGUGCUGUGUGACAUCACACACACUUAUCUGUGACUGUCAGUGUCAUCAUGGAUUAUCACUGGAUUUCAAAAUAAAAGCCUGACAGGUGUGCUGUUUGGUUUGUGUGCACUUCCUCUGACAUCCACCAGGUGGGGCUGUGACACAGCUUUCAGUCACAGCUUUCCUCUCUCCAUAUUUCACUUCCUGUGUGACGAACAGGUGUCAACAGUCUUAGGAGACAUUUACAGAAGCUCCGCCCACUGACGCUCAACCCAGAUCUGUUGCACGCUGACAUCAGAAUAUCAGUCUCUGUCUCCAAGGUCAGUCCAACACUUCACUGUUCUGUGUUGCCAUUCUGUGUAAAAGGUCCAACACAGAUUGAGGGACAGAGUUGUCUCACCUUUAAUCAUAGGGUAGUAACAGCGCCGAGACAAAGGGACAGACAGCAGGACGAACAUGGACAGGACAGGUGUGAGGUAUUGACAAAGUGUUCUGUGUGCGACCCACUGUGGGUGAUGUCAACAGUAGCUGUUAGCAGCUCACUCAAAGAAGAACAGCAGCUGUUAGCAGUUAGCAGCUAACCCAAAGAGGAACAGCAGCAGUUAGCAGUUAGCAGCUAACCCAAAGAAGAACAGCAGCAGUUAGCAGUUAGCAGCUAACCCAAAGAGGAACAGCAGCAGUUAGCAGUUAGCAGCUAACCCAAAGAGGAACAGCAGCAGUUAGCACACAUAUGAUUAUUGUCACACAUGUAUACUGCCAGGUAUUAAUACAUACUUUCAACAUAUUGUACCGCAGUAACCAGAACCAUAACUAUAAUAUUAUUACUUUCAUUAAUGUUGUUGUAAGAUACUGUCAUUACCUGCAUCUCUCUCUCUCGCUCU